AUGGAGGAUGGGCUGUACGUUCCGCUGAAGAAGCGUCGCCAGGAAGAAGAAGCGCGACGACUGCAGCGGCGAAAGAUCGUCCAUGAGAAGCUCCGCCAAGUGGAUGGCGAAGAGAGCGACGAAGCGCCCGAGGCGAACGACGAGGCGCCGGGCCUCCAGCGGGACGAGGUGCUCGAGGCCGCGCCCGCGCGCUCGACCAUGAGCUUGAUUGACCAGUCGUUCGAGAUGAAGAAGCGGCGCGAGGAAGCUGGCGUCGACGAAGACAUUCGUGUGCAGACGACGUCCGAGGUCCAGCUCUUGCACGAAGCGUCGCAGGUGCAGAAGGCGGCGCUUGUCUCGGCGGCCGAGCGCGCCGAGGGCAUUCGGUACACCGAGUCGAUGACGACGACAUGGACGCCGCCUCGCCACAUUGCGCGCAUGACCGAGGACGACUGCGAGAACGUCCGGAAGAAGUGGCACAUCCUCGUCGACGGCGACGACAUCCCGCCGCCGAUCAAGUCGUUUGCCGACAUGCGCUUCCCGCCCGCGAUACUGGCGGCGCUCAAGGCCAAGAACAUUGUGCGGCCGACGCCGAUCCAGGUGCAGGCGAUCCCGUGCAUUCUCUCAGGUCGUGACAUCAUUGGCAUUGCGUUCACGGGCAGCGGCAAGACCAUGACGUUCACGCUACCGCUCGUGCUGCGAGCGCUCGAGCAAGAAGUCAAGAUGCCCAUUGUGGCCCGCGAAGGGCCGUUCGGCGUCAUCCUCGGGCCGUCGCGCGAGCUCAUGCGGCAGACGUUUGAGAUCGUCCAGCACUUCACCUCGGCGCUCUUCAAGGGCGGGUUUCCAGAGCUGCGCAGCAUCCUCUGCAUCGGCGGCCAAGACAAGCGCGAGCAGCUCGACCUGAUCUUCAAGGCGGGCGUCCACAUCAUGAAUCUGGAUCUGUGCGAGUACAUUUGCUUGGACGAAGGCGACCGGAUGCUCGACCUCGGCUUUGACGAAGAGGUCGCGGCGAUCUUCAACCACUUCAAGUCCCAGCGCCAGACGUUGCUCUUCUCGGCGACCAUGCCGCAGAAGUUCCAGGACUUCGCCAAACAAGUGCUCGUGCGCCCGAUCCUUGUCAACGUCGGUCGCGCCGGCGCCGCCAACUUGGAUGUCCUCCAGGAAGUCGAGUACGUCAAGCAAGAGGCCAAGAUCGUGUACCUCCUCGAGUGUCUCCAGAAGACGGCGCCGCCCGUGCUCAUCUUUUGCGAGCGGAAGGGCGACGUCGACGACAUCCACGAGUACCUCUUGCUCAAGGGCGUCGCGGCCGUCUCGAUCCACGGCGGGAAGGACCAGGUCGAGCGCAAUGCAGCGAUCGACGCGUUUAAAGUCGGCGCCAAAGACGUGCUCGUGGCCACGGACAUUGCCGCGAAAGGCCUCGACUUCCCCGACAUCCAGCACGUCAUCAACUUUGACAUGCCGACCGAGAUUGAAAACUACGUCCAUCGCAUCGGGCGCACGGGCCGCUGCGGCAAGACGGGCGUCGCGACGACCUUUAUCAACAAGAACGUGCCCGAGAGCGCGCUCCUCGACCUCAAGCACCUCCUCGUCGAGGCCAAGCAGCGCGUGCCACCCGUGCUCCGCGCGCUUGAAGACCCGAUGGAGACGUCGCAGGCCAACGCGACGGGCUCGAAGGGCUGUGCCUUCUGCGGCGGCCUCGGCCAUCGCAUCACCGACUGCCCGAAGCUCGACGCCAACGCCCGCAAGAUCAACGCGGGCCGGCGCGACUACCUUGGCGGCCAGAGCGCCGGCUACGGCGGCGAUAACAUGGGCUAA